AUCUAUGAAUGUCAAAUAGAAAUUAUAGAAAAACAAUACAGUAUAACCUAAAUUUAUAAAUGUAUAUCCAAAUAUGAGGCUUGCCAUAUUAUAUCGCGGCCCUAAAUUAGCAUUUUCACAAAUAACUCGUAACCUAUCGAAUGAUAACGUGCCUAAAGCUUUGCGUAGCCUUAAAUCAAAAUCUACUCGUAAUAACCCACAAUAUUAUGUAGAUUCUUGUAGAGUUCGAACUGUUGGAGGGAAUGGGGGUGAUGGAUGUGUGUCAUUCCUCAGCGCUUGGUGCAAGGAACACGCCGGGCCAGAUGGAGGCGACGGAGGACAUGGCGGGCACGUUAUUUUUCAGGCUACGCACUCAAAAAAGAGUUUAAAUCAUUGCAAUUCAGUGAUUCAAGCAAAACACGGCGACAAAGGCACACGAAAGGACUGCAAUGGAAAAAAUGCUCAGCACAUUGUUGUACAAGUGCCACUAGGUACUAUAAUCAAGGAUAGUACCGGCUGUGUUGUUGGAGAUUUAGAGGAGGAAGGCACGAUGUUUGUGGCAGCGAGGGGUGGUGCUGGAGGACGGGGGAAUAAAUUCUUCCUAACAGAUACAGAACAGGCUCCGAUGGUGGCAGAGUUCGGUGCGAUAGGGGAGACCUAUCAGUACACAUUGGAAGUGCGGUCCAUGGCCCACCUCGGUCUCAUCGGGUUCCCCAACGCUGGGAAGAGCACCCUUCUGCGGGCGAUCACUCGUGCUAGACCGACCGUCGCCCCUUACCCCUUCACCACGCUCCGACCACACAUCGGGAUGGUGCCGUACGAUGAUUACGAACAAGUGGCGAUAGCUGACUUGCCCGGUUUGAUUCCCGGGUCGCACAAGAAUUACGGAUUGGGGAUCCAGUUCCUGCAGCACGUGGAGCGCUGCCGCGGGCUGGUGUUCCUGCUGGACGGCAGCGCGCAGCCGGCGGAGCAGUACGCGACGCUGACGCGCGAGCUGGCGCUCUACAGCAGCGCGCUGGCCGCCCGCCCGCGCGCCGUCGUCGUCAACAAGGUGGACCUGCCGGGGGGGAGGGGGGCGUUCGAGCGCAUGAGCAAGCGGGGCGAGCGGGUCAUCGGCAUCUCCGCCAAGACCGGCGCCAACCUGGAGGAGUUCCUGAGGGUCGUGCGAAGCAUGUACGACGCGGACGCGGACGCGAAUCACUAA